AUGGUACCAUCGCGUCCUCCAUUCCAGGAUCUCCCACUCGACAAAAAUGGUCCACCCGGAAACGCAUGGGGCCUGUACGGCCCAAACGACGAGCUCGGUGCUCUAAACAUGAUUACACCAUCAGCCGUCAAAGCAGCGGCCCGGGAGAUACAAACCGGUGACCGGGUCUCACUUGACUGGUAUCUCAACUUACCAUCCCAUCCAUCCUUCAACCGUCCAUCUUUCUCCUGGAAGAUGAAGAACAAAGAACAUCUAGAUGGCGCGAAGAGAACCGUCAACGACGACCAUCUGGAUUUCAACACGCAGGGAAGUAGUCAGUGGGACGGCUUCCGCCACUACGGUUACCAGAGUGCAAAGAAGUACUACGGCGGGCGCUCACAGCAAGAUCUCGAGUCCUCGGAAGUCAUUGGCAUCGAUCGCGUGGCCAACUCUGGCGGCAUCACAGCUCGGGGUAUCAUUUUAGAUUAUCCGCGGUAUCUUGAAAAGAAAGGCAAGAAAGAAGUGUACGCGCUCGAAGCCAACAGCAUCACGGCGGAGGAACUAAAAGACAUGGUGCAAGAAACAGGUGUAAAGACGCGAGAAGGCGAUCUGCUACUCUUACGAACAGGAUUCACGCGUGAUUACGCCAAGCUAGGCGAGGAAGAAAGACGGGCGAUAAAAGACAAGCCACCGACGUUCUUGGGCGUACAGUCGGAUAAGAACACGCUACAAUGGAUUUGGGAAAACGGGUUCGUUGCUGUUGCAUCCGACGCGCCGUCGUUCGAAAUGUCUCCGCUCGUAGGCCCACACAGCGCCCCAGGUGGUAUCAACGCGGGUGAAACCUGGGAAAACGAGAUGCAGGGCGGUGGCUUAGUACAUCAAUGGCUUUUGGGUGGAUGGGGUGUCAUGAUAGGUGAGAUGUGGGAUUUGGAGCGGUUAUGUGAGAAGAGUAAAGAGUUGGGCCGGAGUACUUGCUUUGUUAGUAGUGUGCCGUUGAAGGUACCAGGUGGUGUUGCGAGUCCGCCGAAUGCCGUUGCUAUCUUUUAG